AUGUCGCCUCGAGGAAAAGAGGCUGCUGAAUCAUCAAGGAAAGGAAAGGAACCGGCUCUCCCAGCUGAUAGUGAAGAGGAGUUUGAUAGUGAAGCAACCGAAACUUCAGAAGGGGAAGGUGAGAAUGAAUCAAGUUCUGAGGAAGUAUCUGGCCUUCCCGAUUCAUUCUUUGAUAGAGGACUUGUAAGGCCUUCUGUCGCUCCGACCCAACCACAAGCUGCUCCAAAAAAACGUAAGGAAAGAGUCGUCAUGGAACAUCCUAACCGGAUGACGGUAGAAGUUCUUAGUUGCGACGAAGAGGAUGAAGAGGAUAUGGUGCCUCUCAUUCGUCGGCAAAUAUCUCGAACUUCUACUCAAGCUCAAACUCAAGUUUCUCCCCGAGCUGAGUUACGCACCAAACAUCGUCAUGAAGGUUCUGAUGCACGCCCUCUGAAGAAACAGAAGAAAGCUCUUUUACACUUUUUGACGUUCAAACUUAUUUCAUGUUCAACUUCUGCAGGGAGUCGAGAGGAAGGAGAAUUGCCAGCUGAUGCUGCUUCUCCCGGAGGUAUGGAAAUUGAGGAAACAAGCUUCGUCCAACAAAUGCAUGAUGCUCUGAAGGAAGGAUCGGCUGAUGUUCCACCCACUCCUGACGUUGAUCCAUCAGCUGCGGACACAGUCAAAUUAAAAGAAGCAGGUACCAGUAGUGGAGCUCUCGAAUCAGCCCCGACCAACGAAGAUGUCACAAUGCACGAAUCCGUUGGAGGAGAGACCACGCAUACAACAGAGGUCGAGGAAUUCAAUGAACAUCACCUCGAUUUCAAUCUCUCUGAAGGCGACCAUGAGUAUAUCUCCGACUUACUAUCGGGGAAAACUCCUGGUGCAGCCACGGAAUCCAGCGUUGGAGUCGGUUCAACAGAAGCAGGUCCUUCUGAAAGACCAGUUGCUGGAACUGAUACUACUAUAAUCAUUGGUACGUCUGAUCGACUGGAGAGUAGUGAACUUGUGCCGUGGACAAGAACCGAAGUUGAUUUGCAAUCAUCAGUUCUUGAACCUCAACCUUCUACUCCUAUGGACCCCAUGAUGAUAGAAGUCACUGUCACUCCCCAGAUUAGUCCAGUUGCAACAAAAGCGAGACCAACUGAAGAAGUUGGUACAUCGGCCGAUGUUGUGACUAGAAUUGAAUCUCCUCUUAAAGAGUCUCUUAGUUUGGACCCGCCGUCCUCUGAGACUUUAGUUGAAAAAGUCCCUGAUGUAGCGGGUGCAUCAACAGCUACCAUUCCUGAACCAAUCUUGACUGUUCAGGAAUCCAGAUUACCAUCCUUGAGCGAACCAAGUCAUGCUGAAGGUUCUUCCGUCGAAUUUGGUAUGCUUUAGUUUGUUGUCUUGUAUGCAUAUAUAUAUACUGUACUGACUUAUUUGACUUUCUCGCAGUUCCUUCAUCAUUAUCAACUCAAA